AUGAGUGAUGUUUCUGGAGCUUCAAGUGGGUCGUCAAUGGUGCGUUCAAGGAAAAGGGUCGUGGGUGUCCCAAAACAGUGUUGGUGCGGAUAUGAAAUCUUGACUUUGAUGUCAAGAUCAGACAAAAAUCCGUAUCGUCGUUACCAUAGGUGUUCUUAUGCUGUUUCAAAAAAGCUUGAGAAUGAUAAUCAUUUCUUCAAGUGGGUGGAUGAGGCAUUGUUAGAAGAGAUUAAUGUUCUGAAGAACAAAAUGAGUAAUCUUGAAGAAUUGGUGAAAGAAGUUAUGAUGGAACGAGGAGAAAGUGAGAAGAAGGUAUUUGAGAAGAUGGAGAUGAAGCUAGAGAUAGAGCUUUUCGACAAGAUGGAAGAAGUGUUAAAGGAAGCGAAAUGGAGCAUGAAGAAGAUGUGUGCUGGUAUUGUAAUAGCUUGUGUUGUUGGGUUUGUCAUCAUUAAGCUUGUGUGA